AUGAGCGAUGAAUUCGGUCCGUUUCCCAGUCCAAUCGACCGAUUGAUUGUUCAAUCCAACAAUAUCUCACUCGAAAGAGAUAUGUUUACAUGCCAGCAGUAUACAGUUUCAAAAGCAUACAGUAAAACAACAGGUGAUCGUUUAAUUGUCCUUCAACCAGCAAGAAAAUCAUUUCUUUCGAAACCAAAUAAUUAUACUAACUUUAUAAUUAAAUGUACGAAGCUUACUUGUCCGUUUUUAUUGCCAAUUGUUUCUUAUACAGAUGAAGAACCUUUAAUGAUAAUUUCUGAUUACUUAAAACAAGGUUCAUUACGCGACAAUCUCAAAACAAGGAAUAAUUUAUCUGGAGCCCAAAAAACGAUUAUUGCAAUUUCGAUUGCAAACGCAAUGCUUUACUGCCACCAUCGAAAUGUAUUUAUGCCUUCGCUAACACCCGAUAUUAUCUACAUCACACCUCGUGGAAAUGCAAAGAUUUCCGUUAUUGAGAUGUUUCAAAGACCGUUACCUCCUUGGAGCGCUCCAGAAAUAAGAUCAAUCAACGAUGCUACAACUAAAUCAGAUGUUUUCCUUCUCGGAUUUAUUCUUUACGAAUUGUUUACAGGAGAUUCUCCAUUUGGUAACAUGUCUGAUGAUGAAAUUCGCCAAAACAUUAAAGAUAAGAAACGCCCAUCAGUAUCAAGACUUGAACCACAGAACUUAUCCCACUUAAUUCAAAAAUGUUGGUCACAUCAAAGCGAAAAUCGUCCAACAAUUGAAGAAAUCGUAAGGACAUUAGAAAGUGGUGAUGUAGUUUUUCCAAAUACAGAUAUGAAUGAAGUUGAUUACUUCAUUAGUAAGCUAGAAAACAGAAGAAGAAAGAAGAAUAUGAUGAAAACAUCACCAACUAAGAACCAGCCUAACGCUUACUUGCAUGUCUUCAUGGAUUACAAUAAUCCAACAUUUUUCUCAGACUUGGUUCGCAUAGAAGACAUUUUAGACACAGAAGAUCAUUAUCAAUUUUAUUAUAUCUGCGCAAACCACUUCAAAGCAGGUACACCUAUCAAAGUAGUCAUUGCUGUAUUGGAAGCUAUCAGAGUUGUAUUGGAAAAUACUAUAGAUUACACUGCAUUCAACAGAUCCAACAUUCUUAAGCUUUUACCAUACGACGAUGAGCAAUUUGAUAGGGAAAUAUUCGACAUAUUAAAUUGCGUAUUCUGUAACUCUCCUAAAUCAAUCACAACUGACCAAGCCAGAGUUUUAGAAUUAUUAAUCAAAAGAAAUCCAUCGAAGACAAUAAUUCUUUUUGCAUAUUACUGCAAGCACUUGGAGCAAAUAAGCGAUCCAUGGCCAAUAAUCCAGAUCUUGAUUGAUAAUGUAAAAUUAUUUUAUCAUUCAAGAAGCGGAGCUGAAUAUGUUUCAACGUUAUUCUUCUUAUGCUUCAACUACCAAAACUUUUACAAGAAGAAUGAUGACAUUAUCCGCCAAAUCUUUUGCACAUUCCUUCAUUCAGAAGAUGCAGGAGCUGCAAAAGCAGCUUACAGAGCAGUUUUCACUUUAUUAGAUCCUAAAUAUCAACUUCCUUUCCCACAGAUCAUUUCAGAUGUAGGAGAUACUGAUCUAAGUGAGUGCGCAAUUUCACUUUUGCUGAAAAUUACGAAUUUCCCUGUGAACAAAUUAUUAAUUGACACUUUAUUGAUGCUAUCAGGUGUCAGACCAGAUGCUUACUUGCUACUGUUGAGAUGUGCUGAUACAAUGGAUGGUUCUAGUAUUCUUUCCAUGGAUACAAACUGGAUGUCAUCGGGAGCAUUAACUGAUGCAGAAUGUUUAAAGCUGUUGAUGGUUACUUUGAAGAAUUUACAGGUCAGAAAACAAAUAACAUCAUCACCUUUGUUACCAAAUCUCUUGAAUUCUGUUCUAAAGAACGAUGAUUCUCAAGUUUUAAUUUGCAUUGCAAAAACUAUGCAAUGUUUGAAUGUAACAAGAGAUUUCUUAAAUGUACUUGCAGAAAACUCCUUCUUUAAGAAGCUACUAUCAACAAUUAAGAUAUGUUCCGAUGAUAUUGUGAAAUCUUUCUUAAUUGAUGUUAUUUCUAUCGUAUCCAAGGAAUCUUACAACCAAGAAUUCCUCACGUUCAUUGAUCCUCUCAUGGAAUACCUCAAAGGAAGUGAAAGAUUGAUGAAAUCUUCAUUUUCCGCUUUAGUUUAUUUGAGUUUCCAUGACGAAUGCGCAAAGAAGAUGAAGGAAAAGAAUAUUUCUGAUGCCCUCAAGAAGCUUCCAUCAACAGUUAUUCCAUCUGACCAAGUCCAGACAAUAAUUUCUAAUAUUCAAUAA